UUGACUUCUUAGUGUGGUGAUGAAAAGUUUUUAUUUUGAAUAUUGGUUUUGUUAUUAAAUUUUCUCUCUGCGGAAAUUACUUAUAAGUUAACGUUUGGAUCUGUAUGGAAGUGUAUGGUGUCAAAUCGAAGUUCUUUUUAAGCACGUGAAGUACGCACUGUUAAACAUAGGAUGACUUCUCCACUCAUUCCUCAAAAAGUUCUUAAGUUUGAAAGUUUUAUAAACGAUGUCCUUAAGGAGGAACUGAAGGAAGUGCACGAACGAAUAGACUAUUUAAAUCAAGAACUUGCCGACUUUAGUCAGCUGAAAAGUUUCAUAGAAUCCGUAGCAGAGAACAAUCUGCACGAAGAACCACUGAAAUCGAAAGUUGACGUUGGAUGUAAUAUUUAUCUUCAAGCUGUGGUCAGCAAUCCCUCACAAAUUUACAUUGACGUUGGACUUGGCUUAAAAGUUCUAUUUACACAUUCGGAAGCACUACAAUUUAUCAGGAAAAGAACUAAAAUCUUAAAGGAUCAACAUCAGAUUUUACAGAAUCGAAGUGCGCAAAUCAGAGCUCAUAUUAAAUUAGUCCUCCAUGGUAUUCAGGAACUUCAGAACAUUAAAUGAUUGAUCAAAUUGAUGACCAGAAGUAAAGAAUCCUGAGAAUCUGCCCAUUUUGUCAUUUAUUUCCUGUAAUCUACUCUGCGAUUCUCCUGGUUUUCUC